AUGUGGAUUAUACCUCGACCCAAUUAUUCAGCAUCUCCACUUUGGACGAUUAUCUUUGAAAACCAAUUUUUUCAACUUUUAAAAACCAAACCUAAUGACUCCCUCUUAGGUAAACUUGCAAAUCUUGCAGUAGUUGCAAGUGAUCAACACCCAUUAACUUUUAGAAUUAUUUAUAAAUCAAAACCACAACAAAUUAUUGCAGUUUCAAAUAAAAUUAUUCCAAAAAUUUUACAAUGUGAUGACGUUAGAGAUCAAUUUGUUAUAACCAAAAUAUCAGGUAUGGCAAGUUGCGGUGUUGAAGAAGAAGAAGAUCAAAAUGAUCAAUAUUCAUUAAAAGAAUUUAAAACUCAAUUUGAUAUAGAUGAAAAAUUAGUUACAUGUUUUAUUUGUACAUUACCAACUAGUAUAAAUGUUUUAAAACCAACACCUGGUAAAAUGUUUAUUACAGAGGAUAAAAUUUGUUUUUAUACAUCUAAUCCACCAACUAGAAUUAUGAUACCAUUUUCAAAUGUAAAUUCAAUAACUAAAGAGAAUACAUUAGGAUUUAUACCAAGUGCAAUAAAAAUUAAAGCAUGUAUUGGACCUGAUGAAAAGACAGUAUCAGAAUUUUCAUUUCAUUUCAUUGUUCGUGAUCAAGCAUUCGAUAUGUUAGAACAACUUUGGCAAUAUGCAAUGGAUCAAUUAUAUGAAGCAACAAAUAAUGAUAAUAAUAAUAAUAUAUCAUCACCAACAAUUGGUAGAUCAUCAUCUUAUUCUUCAUUACUACCAUCUUCAUCUUCUUUUAAUGAUUUACAAUCUAUUGAUUCAACAAAUAGUAAUAAUAAUAAUAAUAAUAAUAUUAAUUCACCAAUUUUAAAACCAAAAACAAAACAAUUUUUAAAUAUUGAGAAAAAGAAUAAAGAUUUUCAAAGGGUAUUUAAAUUACCAAUGGAUGAAGAGUUGAUACAAGUUCAUGCAUGUUGGAUUGUGAGAAAUAAGAAUUCAUUAUUAGGUGAACUUUAUAUAUCACCAAACUUUUUCUGUAUAAAAUAUAAAGAGAGAUUCACUGCAAAGAAAUUUACAACAGUUAUACAUGUAUCACAAGUUGAAUCUGUAAAUAAGUCAAAACCAUUCCUUGGAAUUUCAGUAUUAACAGAUUCGUUUGUAAUUACUGUUAUAUCAGGUAGAUCAAUAACAUUAAGAUUAUUUCAUUGUGAUGAAGCUUUAGAUACAAUGAGAAAGUAUUGUUCAAAUUUACAACAUUUAAAACAGCAACAGCAACAAGAUGAAGAAUAUCAUCCAAAUUUAAUGCAACAGCAACAACAACAACAACAACCAUCAUCACCAAAUUUUAGAGAGAAAUUAAGAUUAGAAACUAUUGGUACAAAUUUAUAUGCUCAAGAACCAACGAUUAUAUUAGAGGAUGAGAAAAUUGAAAAAAGGAAAUUUGAAAUGUGGGAUAAUUAUUUUAAAAAGAAUGGUAUGGAUACAACAAUGUCAAUAACUAGAAGAUUAACUUAUUUAACUCAUCUUGGUAUACCUGAAUUCUUUAGAGGUCAUAUUUGGUCAUUCACAAGUGGUGCUUGUUUCAUGUGGGAAAAAGAAAGAGGUUAUUAUGAUAAUUUAGUUAAAAUUAAUGAAGAUGAAAUUGAUAAUUCUAUAAAUUUAAGUGAUAAUAAUAAUAAUAAUAAUAAUAAUAAUAAUAAUAAUAAUUUAUUAAUUGAUUCAGAAAAGAUUACACAAGCAAUUGAAGAUAUUGAAAAAGAUGUUCGUAGGACAUUUUCACAUCAUCCAUAUUUUAGAGAUAAUGGUGCUGGUGUUGACUCUUUAAGAAGAAUUUUAAUUGCUUAUAGUAGACGUAAUCCUACGAUUGGGUAUUGUCAAGGUAUGAAUAAUGUUGCAGGUAUAAUGUUAUUGUAUAUGAAAGAGGAGGCUGCAUUUUGGGUACUUUGUAAAGUGGUGGAACUAUAUCUUUGUGAUUAUUAUAGCAAGGAGAUGAUUGGUUCAAUAGUUGAUCAAAAUAUUUUCGAAGAUCUUUGUAAAGAGUAUUUACCAGAGGUGUUUAAUCAUUUGGAGAGAAUUGGAUUACCCGUUAAAAUUUUAUCUACACCUUGGUUCAUCUGUUUAUUUGUAUCUUAUAUUCCAUUUUAUGUUGCAACUCGUGUGAUAGAUUGUUUGUUUUUGGAUGGCACAACUGUGCUUUUUCAAGUGGGUUUGGCAAUUUUGAAAAUCAAUAAAAAUGCAAUCAUUGCCGAAAGAGAAUCUGAAGUUGUCAUUGAAUUGGUUAGAAAUAAAAAAUAUGACAUUGAUGAAUUAAUUGAUGUCACUUUCCAAGAUUUUAAUGGUUUGGACGAAAGAAUUAAAAAUUUAAGAAAUUCUCAUAAAUUUUCAGAAAUUAGAAAAAAUCAUAGAAAUAAAAUGAAAUCAAAUUCUUUUAUAAAUCAAAAUAAUAAUAGUGAAACAAAUUCUCCAAUAACCCCAAAUACAACAACAACAACAACCACUACAACUUCAUAA